AGAGGGGUGAUCAAGGCCAAACAAGUCGUCAUGACUACAAAUGCCUAUACUGCCGCUCUUCUUCCCGAGUAUGAGGGCAAGAUCGUCCCGUACCGAGCGAUUUGCAGCCGAAUUACGGCCCCCGGAAGGCCGCCAUUACUAAAUAACUCCUAUACCUUGCGCUUCAAUGACUGGGAUUUUGACUAUCUGGUCCCAAGGCCAGAUGGAAGCAUCAUCGUUGGGGUUGCCCGCCAGGCAUAUAUCAGGCAUCUGGAAGACUGGUAUGGAAAUACUAAUGAUAGGGAAUUAAUUGAGAGAGCACGAUAUUACUUUAAUGGAUAUAUGCAAAGGCAUUUUCACGGCUGGGAAAACAGUGGCGCUCGUGUUGAUGAUAUCUGGACGGGACCUCUGCCACCUACCUGGCUAACCACAUUUACAGUAAUGGGUUAUUCUUCUGACCGUAUUCCCCGUGUUGGCCCCAUUCCUGGCCGUCCCGGAAUGUUUAUUAUGGGUGGGUUUACAGGUCAUGGCAUGCCCCAAGUAUUUCUCUGCGCAAAGGGACUGGCCGACAUCGUGCUUCACAACGCAAGAUUUGAGGCAACGGGUAUUCUAAGAAUAUUUGAAGAGUCAAAGACACGCCUACAAGAUAAGAGGGAUCGGAUUCUGCAAAUGUACAAGGAACCGCUGGAAAGGUUUGAAUCCAGACUCUGA